AUGCCAAGAUCCUAUCCUUUAUCUCUGCUUCUCGCCUUUCAUCUCUUGAAGCUAGCAAUCUUCAGUUUAGCAGACAAUCCUUACAGCAACGAUCGCUUCUGUCACCCAAUCUACUCUUUCAUUUUCAAGACAUGUGCUCUCACCGGUAUAAGCCGACCACCAUUUGUCGUCCUCCCUCCACCACAGUCAGCUUCUUCGUUUGGGUACUCAUACAGUAGCCCAACUCCUCCGGCCACCGUUGUUUCCGCCUAUCCCUUCCUCCCUUCUCCGUCACUCCCAGCAGUUGCUGCUGCCACCCCACCACCCCCAGCCUUCCCCUCUGUAAUACCAUCGUCGCCGGAUCUUCCUACAUUCCCGGUGCAACCAGCUCCAUCACAACCACUGGUAUACGUCUUUCCAUAUUUGCCACCGCCACCGCCACCACCACCACCACCAGUAUAUGUCUUUCCAUAUUUGCCACCCACACCACCACAACUACCUCAAUACGUCUUCCCAUAUUCACCACCGCCACCACAGCAACCACCAGUAUAUGUCUUUCCAUAUUUGCCACCGACACCGCCACAGCCACCUCUAUACGUCUACCCAUAUUCACCACCGCCACCACAACAACCACAAGUGUAUGUCUUUCCAUAUUUACCACUGACACCACCUCCUCCUCCGCCAGUAGCAGAAUUUCCUUACGUGUUCCCCACAUUUCCACCACCCAGUGCAAUUCCAUCUCCUGCUGCCGGUGCAACUAUCCCUGCCGUAUUCCCUCCACCACCACCAACUCUUCCUUUCGUCUAUCCAUCUCCGCCUUCCUCACCACUGCCAGUGAUACUCCCACCUUCACUGCCUACAGUUUAUCCGCCGCCGCAGCCGGUAACUAACCCCUCUCCUUUACCAUUUUACUAUCCGUACAUACCACCGCCACCACCAUCUUUUCCGGCAAUAACUACCCCGCCAUCAUAUCCUUACAUUUACCCAUCUCCACCGGUUAUGCCUGUCAACCCACCUGGUCUCCCUCAGCAACCACCAGUGUUUCCACAGCAACCACCAGCCUUUCCGCAACAACCACCAGUUUUGCCACAGCAACCACCGGUGUUUCCGCAACAACCACCAGUUUUGCCACAGCAACCACCGGUUAUUCCGCAACAACCACCGACAAUACCCCAGUUUAUACCCCCUCCGGGCGUGGUGGUGCAGUACAUAUGGCCACCCCCACCACCAGUACAGGUUCCUUGA